AUAUUAGGUAAAUAUUUAGCCCGUAGCUUAAGUUGAAAAAAAACUUACUUCCGGUCAUUUAUUUCUCGCCGGAGAUUCAAGAAUUUCCGUAGAAUACUAGGAAUGUGAAUGGAUAAUAAGAUGUAGGUUAUUGAAAAUAGCAUAAUGAAUCUGAAUAAUGAAAUAAGGCUAUCAUUUUUUUCUCGUACCCCUAAGACAUUUUGAUUUCUUUGUCACUGUCGGUGUACAAAUUUGACAGUUCGCAGAAAAUCGUCAUAACACAGAGAUUCUUAGCUGCAAUUUUGAUUGCAUAUGUAUGAUCAUUAUCACAUGAUAAUUAUACUUUGCAUCGAAAAGAAUGUGUGGGUAUGAAAGGAGAAGAAGCAUAAACUAAAAUAUCUUCCAUCCAAAGAUCAGACACAGUUGGGGUUGUUCACUUUUUGUCCCUGAAAAAGACUGAAAGAAAAUGGGAAACAAAAACAGUUGUUGUGGUUUUAAACAGUCUAAAAAGAGCCGUGAUGAAGCAUACCAGCCGUCGUCAAACAAUGUGAGAAAUGAGGAUUCCUCAGACAAUGCACGACACCAGAGCUUCUCGUCAAUACCUGGGGAUGGCAUUCAGCACAUUCUUGAUAGGGAAAAUCUUCCAGAAGAUAACCUGAAAGAUCCAUCGAACAAUCCACUGGAGAAGACAAUGUUUUACAGAAGGUCACAUGUGGAAAUCAGCAAGAACAACAAAAACAGGAGAAAGAGCCAGUAUGAUGACCUUGCUCAUAUACAAAAUGGCGGCCCAUACGGAGAGUUAAAGAAAUACAGUUCCUGCUCUACAAUCUACAUAGAUGACUCAAUAAGUCAACCGAACCUAAAGAACACAAUCAAGGCAGUCACACUGGCAGUGUACUACCAUAUAAAGAACAGGGAGAGUGAGAGAUCACAUGAUAUCUUUGACGAGAAACUGCAUCCAUUGUCUCGAGAAACCGUGCCGGAUGAUUAUGAGAAGAGGGACCCUGAACACAGAGUGAUCUACAGAUUUGUGCGGAACCUGUUCAGUGCAGCUCAGUUGACUGCAGAAUGUGCAAUAGUUACCUUGGUAUAUUUAGAGCGAUUGUUGACAUAUGGUGAGAUCGACAUUUGCCCAUGCAACUGGAAGAGGAUCGUUCUUGGUGCUAUCUUGUUGUCCUCAAAGGUGUGGGAUGACCAGGCAGUGUGGAACGUGGAUUACUGUCAGAUACUGCGGGAUACGGCUGUGGAAGAUAUGAAUGAACUAGAGAGGUUUUUCCUUGAGCUUCUACAAUUUAACAUCAAUGUGCCAUCAGGGGUGUAUGCCAAGUAUUACUUUGACCUCCGUGCCCUCGCUGGGGACAAUGACAUGAGCUUUCCCCCACAACCACUUGAUAAAGAGAGGGCUAGAAAAUUGGAGGCGAUGUCCUCAACAUGGGAAGACAAUCUGAAGAUGCUGUCAAAGCCGAAGCUUGCACGCUCCAACAGUCUUGACGGUGUCACCCACAGUCACAGAUCCAGCAUCGCUAUCUUGUCAUGACCCUUGCCUUUAAAAGCCCCCCCUUUAGUCAUACACACGCGCUUGUCUCAUACCAUGUAUAGAAAAGUUUUAAUCUGAGUUAUAAACACGUAUUUCAGUCCCGAUCAAGGUUUUAAUCUGAGUUUCAAACCAAGGGUUUUAUCUGAUUAAGACUCUGUACCAAUUCCCCAAUUUUUGAGGUUUCAAACUUUUAUUCUUUAACUGUGAAAAUGAACCUUAAUAACUAUGAAACUUGAGAAUGAAUAUUUUGCCAUCUGAAUUUGACCAAUACAUACCAGCGUUGCUUUUCAGUAAUUAAACACAGGCUGGUCUCAUAUAGCCACGACAUGCAGAAAUGGGUCUUUUCGCUAAUUGUUUGAAAUUCGUCAGUUUUAAAAAUCAUGUCCAAUAUAUUUUAAAUACUUGUACUUAAAAUGAUGUCUCUCUUGCCUUCACAACACGCUAUGGGUAGUGUUUUAGUUAUUGAUUUAUGGAAGGGUGCUGCACCCUGUCACAUUUGUUAGCAUCCUCCUGCUGUCAUAAAGACAAGCUUGGAAAGCCUUCUGUCUUCAUAGUAUUAAAUGCACCCCGUUGUCUUCUACAGCACCAGGUCCAGUUUAAAACCUGGCUAGAACUCUAGUUCCGAUGUUGCCAUUUUGUUUGCAAUUGAACUUUGAAGCAAAUAUGAGGUCAUAUGAAAAUUUCCGCUGAUGUCAUAUUAACUUUAAGGCCUAUAAAAUAAUACCUCAGGUUUGGGUAACUGUGCCUACCUUCGAAAUGGGCGCCAACCAUAUCGUUUUUAUAGUCCGUUGGUUAAAAAAGCACUUUCAGAAAAAAAAAAUGUAUGGUAUAAUAUGCAGGUUAAUUAGCUUUUAUACUGAACAUUACUUGUAUGCCUUUCUCUAAUGAUGACAAUAAAGUUUUAACAUAAUGCCUGAUAGAAAAAUUUCCUAUUUACCCGACUUGUUUUUGAACAAGAUGCAGACCUAACCACACAAUUUUUAUAAUUCUUUUGGCCUAUGACCUAUUUCUGCUUGUUGUGGUUGAAAUAUAGCCAAAUGGUUCUAACUACAGAUACUUGUUUAUUGGAGAUGGCCAGUACCUUGACCAACGGCCACAACACUCAUGAACUACUUUCUAGGGAAGGCCCUGUGUAUCAUAAAUCUUUUUUGAAAUUUGAAUAUGCAGUGCUAUUCUUCUUUUGACGAUUAAAGACUUCCACACAAAAUAUAUUUUAACCAGUCUGCCAUCGUAUUUCAUACCCAGAUUUUGAAGGUCAAGGUGUUAUGCUACAAUAUUCAAAAGGGCAUUUACUUAUAAUUAUAUAUAUACUGUCAUAUUUGAAUUCAGAUUUGUUUCGAUAAACAGUGCAUUUAUUUGAGAACAGUAAUUUUGUUGAAUGUCAUGCCAAACAUUUUUGUGAGGCGUAAACAAUUGUGAUGCAUGAACUAUUGUGAACAACUGUGAGGCAUGAACUAUUGUGAACAACUGUGAAGCGUGAAAAAUUGUGCCAAUUGUGAGUGAUCACGUAAUUAUCAUUUCUGAUAAUGUUAUGUUGUUUUUUAUGUUGAAAUCGUAAGUAGGAUAUAUUACGAGACUGUGUUAUGGCUUUUGAAGUGAAAUGAUAAUCAAACAGAUUCACUUAUUAAACAACUAGAAAUGUAACAAAUACAGUGCUUUAUUUUUUAUGUUGAUUUAUAGCACAAAUCAGGAAGUAAUACUUUGCACUUUAAAAAGGAAUUAAUUAAAGAUAAUUCAUCAACGCAUAAGUUGUAAAUAUUCAUUAUUUAUAAAAAAGUUCAUGCAUGCUUAAAUCAUACUCUUAGCGUGACUUAGUCACUACCAAAUAAAGUAGAUAGAUUGCUUUUGUAAAAAAAAUAACAUUUAGAUGCCAUCUAUAUUCCAUGAAAUGAAAUUUACAGUUCUGAAAAAGUUUCUAAAAAUCUUACAUACAUUUAUUUUCUGUUAGUACGUGUAUAAAUACACAGGUUAAAAUCUUGACUAACCAAUCAAUAUAUUAUUGAUUUUACGGUUAGCUAUACCUGGUAUUUAUGAAGUGCUUAGAAGUAACUUUAACCAUACAAUCCCGUAACCUUUUACAGUCAAUGUUUUAUGAUUCGAAUUUCUAAAUUAUUCAUAGAUAGUAUUUCUUGCCUUUCUUUGGUUUACCCCGAAACAAACAGCAGGAUAUUCAAAAUGAAUCUCAACUCUUUUCCUGUUGUUAAAUUGACGAAUAUAUAUAUGUUCUUUUCUCUUUUUUUAAUAUUUCAAACUUUGUUAUUGCAAUUAUUAUUUUAAAUUUCUGAGAAAAAGUAUAACCGGGUGUAAUACUAUUUUGAUCAGAUUCUUGCUCAUUGAAUAACAAGGUUUAAUGUUGUUUUUUGCCUUUUGAAGGAGGAUUUCAUAAAUCUAUAGAAAUCAAAGUAAGAAGCUACUCUUUUUAAUUUUGUUUAAGUUAUUAUUCUUUGUUGUCUUUGAGAUUUGUGAUAUGUUUUGACUCUUUGUAUCUUGUGUUGAUUUUGUCUUGACUUCUGUAAAGGUUUUGUUUCACAAAUAAUUCUGAUUAUUCACUCUGAUACUUUUAUUGCAAAUACCAAGUUCUCAAAUUAUUGUCUUGAUCAAUGGAUACUGGCAAAACUCAGAUACGAUAUUGUUCUUUCAAAAAGUUUUUUUAUUGUUUUUGUGCUUAAAAGUAAAAAAAAUAAUAUGAUAAUGAAGUACAAGUGGUUUAAAUCACAAUUCCUAGAAAUAACAUCUAUGUAUAUGAAAAUAUUUUCAAGAUAAUUUAUUUCCUAACAAAAUGUCAAGUAAAUUUUAAGUUAUACAAAAAAAGAAAACUAUUGUCUGAAUAUUUUACCCCGUAAAUCUGGUAAUAUUGUCUUACUGUCAGUGUUUUUAAAUUGUUACCCCCGUUAGAAUCAUAGGUCCAUUUAUUCAGUGAUCGUUAAUAAAUGGAGAAUCUUGGCUUGGAAUCAUGUUUACCCUGGUAGAAUCAUGGGUCCAUUUAUUCAGUGAUCAAUAAUAGAUGGAGAAUCUUGGCUUGGAAUCAUGUUUAUGCAGUUAAAUCGUUGUAUUCAGGACCUACUGUUUUGUAGUGAUAUAUUGUUGGAAUGUUUAACACUAGCAGUGUUAUUUCCUUGCAGGCAAGGUUGCUAGGUAAUAAGAACAUAUCUCGAAAACACUCUGUAUUUAUUUUCAAGUUUUCAUCCCCUCAGAAGGGUUUGCGCAUUAAACUAGUCUAUUGUGCUCAUUGAAAGACUUCUGUAAUGGAACAAGUAAAGAAUAAAUUAAUUUCUAAUCCUCAAACAUAUUCACUUUACUGGCAUUUAAUCAUUUACAUGUAUAUUUACAAUUACUAAGAAACUGUCAGUGUACAACCACACCCAUGUGUAGUGCACAGUAUAUUAACUUGCAUGUUUUAAAGAUGUAUGUUAGUGAUAUUUGUACAUUUAAUGUGAUAACUUUGUCAGUGUAUAAUUCAAUAAAUGUAGAAUAAAACAGA